AUAUGAGUGAGGAGGGCACUUUAAAGUGUUAUGCGUGGUUUCGCGUUUGGGCUGACGAAAAGGCAAAUAGCAAUUAGAACACAAUAAAUCCCAGGAGAGCUGGAGCCUUAAAUAUGGGUGGAAAAAAUCAGUGUGAAGGUGAAGAGAACAGUCACAAUAAAACAUCUGAACAUACGACACCAACUAAAAAAUUCAUAUUGAAAAAUUCGCGUACGACUAGUCUCAAUAGAAAGAGUGAACCUAAACCGCAGACGAAUGAACGUAAUAUCGACUUUAAUAACAUCAAAGGGAAUAUACAACAUAAAUUAGAAACUUUAUCAGAACAAGAAAGCAAACACAAAAACAGGCAUACAGACAGGACUGAAAAGUAUACGUCGUCGACUUCGGACUCUGACUCUAGUGAUGACGAGCAGCCGGCGAGUAAGAAGCCUGCGUUGGUGAAGGCGUCUCCAUCUGUGGGCAAGGCUGUUAGUGGUGUAGUUGCUGGUGGUAAGAAGGUGGUCGGGAAGCCUGCGUCGUCGAGUUCCGACUCGGAUUCGAGUGAUGAGGGUAAUGCUGGAUCAGCGAAGAAGCCUGUUGGUGUAGUUGUUAGUGGUGUUAAGACAGGGAUGGGAGUUGUCCCACAAGGUGCUGCUCAGUCUGUGCAGAAGAAGAAAGUUGCGGCCGCUCCGUCGAGCUCGGACUCUGAUUCUAGUGAUGACGAGCAGCCGGCGAGUAAGAAGCCUGCGUUGGUGAAGGCGUCUCCAUCUGUGGGCAAGGCUGUUAGUGGUGUAGUUGCUGGUGGUAAGAAGGUGGUCGGGAAGCCUGCGUCGUCGAGUUCCGACUCGGAUUCGAGUGAUGAGGGUAAUGCUGGAUCAGCGAAGAAGCCUGUUGGUGUAGUUGUUAGUGGUGUUAAGACAGGGAUGGGAGUUGUCCCACAAGGUGCUGCUCAGUCUGUGCAGAAGAAGAAAGUUGCGGCCGCUCCGUCGAGCUCGGACUCUGAUUCUAGUGAUGACGAGCAGCCGGCGAGUAAGAAGCCUGCGUUGGUGAAGGCGUCUCCAUCUGUGGGCAAGGCUGUUAGUGGUGUAGUUGCUGGUGGUAAGAAGGUGGUCGGGAAGCCUGGGUCGUCGAGUUCCGACUCGGAUUCGAGUGAUGAGGGUAAUGCUGGAUCAGCGAAGAAGCCUGUUGGUGUAGUUGUUAGUGGUGUUAAGACAGGGAUGGGAGUUGUCCCACAAGGUGCUGCUCAGUCUGUGCAGAAGAAGAAAGUUGCGGCCGCUCCGUCGAGCUCGGACUCUGAUUCUAGUGAUGACGAGCAGCCGGCGAGUAAGAAGCCUGCGUUGGUGAAGGCGUCUCCAUCUGUGGGCAAGGCUGUUAGUGGUGUAGUUGCUGGUGGUAAGAAGGUGGUCGGGAAGCCUGCGUCGUCGAGUUCCGACUCGGAUUCGAGUGAUGAGGGUAAUGCUGGAUCAGCGAAGAAGCCUGUUGGUGUAGUUGUUAGUGGUGUUAAGACAGGGAUGGGAGUUGUCCCACAAGGUGCUGCUCAGUCUGUGCAGAAGAAGAAAGUUGCGGCCGCUCCGUCGAGCUCGGACUCUGAUUCUAGUGAUGACGAGCAGCCGGCGAGUAAGAAGCCUGCGUUGGUGAAGGCGUCUCCAUCUGUGGGCAAGGCUGUUAGUGGUGUAGUUGCUGGUGGUAAGAAGGUGGUCGGGAAGCCUGCGUCGUCGAGUUCCGACUCGGAUUCGAGUGAUGAGGGUAAUGCUGGAUCAGCGAAGAAGCCUGUUGGUGUAGUUGUUAGUGGUGUUAAGACAGGGAUGGGAGUUGUCCCACAAGGUGCUGCUCAGUCUGUGCAGAAGAAGAAAGUUGCGGCCGCUCCGUCGAGCUCGGACUCUGAUUCUAGUGAUGACGAGCAGCCGGCGAGUAAGAAGCCUGCGUUGGUGAAGGCGUCUCCAUCUGUGGGCAAGGCUGUUAGUGGUGUAGUUGCUGGUGGUAAGAAGGUGGUCGGGAAGCCUGCGUCGUCGAGUUCCGACUCGGAUUCGAGUGAUGAGGGUAAUGCUGGAUCAGCGAAGAAGCCUGUUGGUGUAGUUGUUAGUGGUGUUAAGACAGGGAUGGGAGUUGUCCCACAAGGUGCUGCUCAGUCUGUGCAGAAGAAGAAAGUUGCGGCCGCUCCGUCGAGCUCGGACUCUGAUUCUAGUGAUGACGAGCAGCCGGCGAGUAAGAAGCCUGCGUUGGUGAAGGCGUCUCCAUCUGUGGGCAAGGCUGUUAGUGGUGUAGUUGCUGGUGGUAAGAAGGUGGUCGGGAAGCCUGCGUCGUCGAGUUCCGACUCGGAUUCGAGUGAUGAGGGUAAUGCUGGAUCAGCGAAGAAGCCUGUUGGUGUAGUUGUUAGUGGUGUUAAGACAGGGAUGGGAGUUGUCCCACAAGGUGCUGCUCAGUCUGUGCAGAAGAAGAAAGUUGCGGCCGCUCCGUCGAGCUCGGACUCUGAUUCUAGUGAUGACGAGCAGCCGGCGAGUAAGAAGCCUGCGUUGGUGAAGGCGUCUCCAUCUGUGGGCAAGGCUGUUAGUGGUGUAGUUGCUGGUGGUAAGAAGGUGGUCGGGAAGCCUGCGUCGUCGAGUUCCGACUCGGAUUCGAGUGAUGAGGGUAAUGCUGGAUCAGCGAAGAAGCCUGUUGGUGUAGUUGUUAGUGGUGUUAAGACAGGGAUGGGAGUUGUCCCACAAGGUGCUGCUCAGUCUGUGCAGAAGAAGAAAGUUGCGGCCGCUCCGUCGAGCUCGGACUCUGAUUCUAGUGAUGACGAGCAGCCGGCGAGUAAGAAGCCUGCGUUGGUGAAGGCGUCUCCAUCUGUGGGCAAGGCUGUUAGUGGUGUAGUUGCUGGUGGUAAGAAGGUGGUCGGGAAGCCUGGGUCGUCGAGUUCCGACUCGGAUUCGAGUGAUGAGGGUAAUGCUGGAUCAGCGAAGAAGCCUGUUGGUGUAGUUGUUAGUGGUGUUAAGACAGGGAUGGGAGUUGUCCCACAAGGUGCUGCUCAGUCUGUGCAGAAGAAGAAAGUUGCGGCCGCUCCGUCGAGCUCGGACUCUGAUUCUAGUGAUGACGAGCAGCCGGCGAGUAAGAAGCCUGCGUUGGUGAAGGCGUCUCCAUCUGUGGGCAAGGCUGUUAGUGGUGUAGUUGCUGGUGGUAAGAAGGUGGUCGGGAAGCCUGGGUCGUCGAGUUCCGACUCGGAUUCGAGUGAUGAGGGUAAUGCUGGAUCAGCGAAGAAGCCUGUUGGUGUAGUUGUUAGUGGUGUUAAGACAGGGAUGGGAGUUGUCCCACAAGGUGCUGCUCAGUCUGUGCAGAAGAAGAAAGUUGCGGCCGCUCCGUCGAGCUCGGACUCUGAUUCUAGUGAUGACGAGCAGCCGGCGAGUAAGAAGCCUGCGUUGGUGAAGGCGUCUCCAUCUGUGGGCAAGGCUGUUAGUGGUGUAGUUGCUGGUGGUAAGAAGGUGGUCGGGAAGCCUGCGUCGUCGAGUUCCGACUCGGAUUCGAGUGAUGAGGGUAAUGCUGGAUCAGCGAAGAAGCCUGUUGGUGUAGUUGUUAGUGGUGUUAAGACAGGGAUGGGAGUUGUCCCACAAGGUGCUGCUCAGUCUGUGCAGAAGAAGAAAGUUGCGGCCGCUCCGUCGAGCUCGGACUCUGAUUCUAGUGAUGACGAGCAGCCGGCGAGUAAGAAGCCUGCGUUGGUGAAGGCGUCUCCAUCUGUGGGCAAGGCUGUUAGUGGUGUAGUUGCUGGUGGUAAGAAGGUGGUCGGGAAGCCUGCGUCGUCGAGUUCCGACUCGGAUUCGAGUGAUGAGGGUAAUGCUGGAUCAGCGAAGAAGCCUGUUGGUGUAGUUGUUAGUGGUGUUAAGACAGGGAUGGGAGUUGUCCCACAAGGUGCUGCUCAGUCUGUGCAGAAGAAGAAAGUUGCGGCCGCUCCGUCGAGCUCGGACUCUGAUUCUAGUGAUGACGAGCAGCCGGCGAGUAAGAAGCCUGCGUUGGUGAAGGCGUCUCCAUCUGUGGGCAAGGCUGUUAGUGGUGUAGUUGCUGGUGGUAAGAAGGUGGUCGGGAAGCCUGCGUCGUCGAGUUCCGACUCGGAUUCGAGUGAUGAGGGUAAUGCUGGAUCAGCGAAGAAGCCUGUUGGUGUAGUUGUUAGUGGUGUUAAGACAGGGAUGGGAGUUGUCCCACAAGGUGCUGCUCAGUCUGUGCAGAAGAAGAAAGUUGCGGCCGCUCCGUCGAGCUCGGACUCUGAUUCUAGUGAUGACGAGCAGCCGGCGAGUAAGAAGCCUGCGUUGGUGAAGGCGUCUCCAUCUGUGGGCAAGGCUGUUAGUGGUGUAGUUGCUGGUGGUAAGAAGGUGGUCGGGAAGCCUGCGUCGUCGAGUUCCGACUCGGAUUCGAGUGAUGAGGGUAAUGCUGGAUCAGCGAAGAAGCCUGUUGGUGUAGUUGUUAGUGGUGUUAAGACAGGGAUGGGAGUUGUCCCACAAGGUGCUGCUCAGUCUGUGCAGAAGAAGAAAGUUGCGGCCGCUCCGUCGAGCUCGGACUCUGAUUCUAGUGAUGACGAGCAGCCGGCGAGUAAGAAGCCUGCGUUGGUGAAGGCGUCUCCAUCUGUGGGCAAGGCUGUUAGUGGUGUAGUUGCUGGUGGUAAGAAGGUGGUCGGGAAGCCUGCGUCGUCGAGUUCCGACUCGGAUUCGAGUGAUGAGGGUAAUGCUGGAUCAGCGAAGAAGCCUGUUGGUGUAGUUGUUAGUGGUGUUAAGACAGGGAUGGGAGUUGUCCCACAAGGUGCUGCUCAGUCUGUGCAGAAGAAGAAAGUUGCGGCCGCUCCGUCGAGCUCGGACUCUGAUUCUAGUGAUGACGAGCAGCCGGCGAGUAAGAAGCCUGCGUUGGUGAAGGCGUCUCCAUCUGUGGGCAAGGCUGUUAGUGGUGUAGUUGCUGGUGGUAAGAAGGUGGUCGGGAAGCCUGCGUCGUCGAGUUCCGACUCGGAUUCGAGUGAUGAGGGUAAUGCUGGAUCAGCGAAGAAGCCUGUUGGUGUAGUUGUUAGUGGUGUUAAGACAGGGAUGGGAGUUGUCCCACAAGGUGCUGCUCAGUCUGUGCAGAAGAAGAAAGUUGCGGCCGCUCCGUCGAGCUCGGACUCUGAUUCUAGUGAUGACGAGCAGCCGGCGAGUAAGAAGCCUGCGUUGGUGAAGGCGUCUCCAUCUGUGGGCAAGGCUGUUAGUGGUGUAGUUGCUGGUGGUAAGAAGGUGGUCGGGAAGCCUGCGUCGUCGAGUUCCGACUCGGAUUCGAGUGAUGAGGGUAAUGCUGGAUCAGCGAAGAAGCCUGUUGGUGUAGUUGUUAGUGGUGUUAAGACAGGGAUGGGAGUUGUCCCACAAGGUGCUGCUCAGUCUGUGCAGAAGAAGAAAGUUGCGGCCGCUCCGUCGAGCUCGGACUCUGAUUCUAGUGAUGACGAGCAGCCGGCGAGUAAGAAGCCUGCGUUGGUGAAGGCGUCUCCAUCUGUGGGCAAGGCUGUUAGUGGUGUAGUUGCUGGUGGUAAGAAGGUGGUCGGGAAGCCUGCGUCGUCGAGUUCCGACUCGGAUUCGAGUGAUGAGGGUAAUGCUGGAUCAGCGAAGAAGCCUGUUGGUGUAGUUGUUAGUGGUGUUAAGACAGGGAUGGGAGUUGUCCCACAAGGUGCUGCUCAGUCUGUGCAGAAGAAGAAAGUUGCGGCCGCUCCGUCGAGCUCGGACUCUGAUUCUAGUGAUGACGAGCAGCCGGCGAGUAAGAAGCCUGCGUUGGUGAAGGCGUCUCCAUCUGUGGGCAAGGCUGUUAGUGGUGUAGUUGCUGGUGGUAAGAAGGUGGUCGGGAAGCCUGCGUCGUCGAGUUCCGACUCGGAUUCGAGUGAUGAGGGUAAUGCUGGAUCAGCGAAGAAGCCUGUUGGUGUAGUUGUUAGUGGUGUUAAGACAGGGAUGGGAGUUGUCCCACAAGGUGCUGCUCAGUCUGUGCAGAAGAAGAAAGUUGCGGCCGCUCCGUCGAGCUCGGACUCUGAUUCUAGUGAUGACGAGCAGCCGGCGAGUAAGAAGCCUGCGUUGGUGAAGGCGUCUCCAUCUGUGGGCAAGGCUGUUAGUGGUGUAGUUGCUGGUGGUAAGAAGGUGGUCGGGAAGCCUGCGUCGUCGAGUUCCGACUCGGAUUCGAGUGAUGAGGGUAAUGCUGGAUCAGCGAAGAAGCCUGUUGGUGUAGUUGUUAGUGGUGUUAAGACAGGGAUGGGAGUUGUCCCACAAGGUGCUGCUCAGUCUGUGCAGAAGAAGAAAGUUGCGGCCGCUCCGUCGAGCUCGGACUCUGAUUCUAGUGAUGACGAGCAGCCGGCGAGUAAGAAGCCUGCGUUGGUGAAGGCGUCUCCAUCUGUGGGCAAGGCUGUUAGUGGUGUAGUUGCUGGUGGUAAGAAGGUGGUCGGGAAGCCUGCGUCGUCGAGUUCCGACUCGGAUUCGAGUGAUGAGGGUAAUGCUGGAUCAGCGAAGAAGCCUGUUGGUGUAGUUGUUAGUGGUGUUAAGACAGGGAUGGGAGUUGUCCCACAAGGUGCUGCUCAGUCUGUGCAGAAGAAGAAAGUUGCGGCCGCUCCGUCGAGCUCGGACUCUGAUUCUAGUGAUGACGAGCAGCCGGCGAGUAAGAAGCCUGCGUUGGUGAAGGCGUCUCCAUCUGUGGGCAAGGCUGUUAGUGGUGUAGUUGCUGGUGGUAAGAAGGUGGUCGGGAAGCCUGCGUCGUCGAGUUCCGACUCGGAUUCGAGUGAUGAGGGUAAUGCUGGAUCAGCGAAGAAGCCUGUUGGUGUAGUUGUUAGUGGUGUUAAGACAGGGAUGGGAGUUGUCCCACAAGGUGCUGCUCAGUCUGUGCAGAAGAAGAAAGUUGCGGCCGCUCCGUCGAGCUCGGACUCUGAUUCUAGUGAUGACGAGCAGCCGGCGAGUAAGAAGCCUGCGUUGGUGAAGGCGUCUCCAUCUGUGGGCAAGGCUGUUAGUGGUGUAGUUGCUGGUGGUAAGAAGGUGGUCGGGAAGCCUGCGUCGUCGAGUUCCGACUCGGAUUCGAGUGAUGAGGGUAAUGCUGGAUCAGCGAAGAAGCCUGUUGGUGUAGUUGUUAGUGGUGUUAAGACAGGGAUGGGAGUUGUCCCACAAGGUGCUGCUCAGUCUGUGCAGAAGAAGAAAGUUGCGGCCGCUCCGUCGAGCUCGGACUCUGAUUCUAGUGAUGACGAGCAGCCGGCGAGUAAGAAGCCUGCGUUGGUGAAGGCGUCUCCAUCUGUGGGCAAGGCUGUUAGUGGUGUAGUUGCUGGUGGUAAGAAGGUGGUCGGGAAGCCUGCGUCGUCGAGUUCCGACUCGGAUUCGAGUGAUGAGGGUAAUGCUGGAUCAGCGAAGAAGCCUGUUGGUGUAGUUGUUAGUGGUGUUAAGACAGGGAUGGGAGUUGUCCCACAAGGUGCUGCUCAGUCUGUGCAGAAGAAGAAAGUUGCGGCCGCUCCGUCGAGCUCGGACUCUGAUUCUAGUGAUGACGAGCAGCCGGCGAGUAAGAAGCCUGCGUUGGUGAAGGCGUCUCCAUCUGUGGGCAAGGCUGUUAGUGGUGUAGUUGCUGGUGGUAAGAAGGUGGUCGGGAAGCCUGCGUCGUCGAGUUCCGACUCGGAUUCGAGUGAUGAGGGUAAUGCUGGAUCAGCGAAGAAGCCUGUUGGUGUAGUUGUUAGUGGUGUUAAGACAGGGAUGGGAGUUGUCCCACAAGGUGCUGCUCAGUCUGUGCAGAAGAAGAAAGUUGCGGCCGCUCCGUCGAGCUCGGACUCUGAUUCUAGUGAUGACGAGCAGCCGGCGAGUAAGAAGCCUGCGUUGGUGAAGGCGUCUCCAUCUGUGGGCAAGGCUGUUAGUGGUGUAGUUGCUGGUGGUAAGAAGGUGGUCGGGAAGCCUGCGUCGUCGAGUUCCGACUCGGAUUCGAGUGAUGAGGGUAAUGCUGGAUCAGCGAAGAAGCCUGUUGGUGUAGUUGUUAGUGGUGUUAAGACAGGGAUGGGAGUUGUCCCACAAGGUGCUGCUCAGUCUGUGCAGAAGAAGAAAGUUGCGGCCGCUCCGUCGAGCUCGGACUCUGAUUCUAGUGAUGACGAGCAGCCGGCGAGUAAGAAGCCUGCGUUGGUGAAGGCGUCUCCAUCUGUGGGCAAGGCUGUUAGUGGUGUAGUUGCUGGUGGUAAGAAGGUGGUCGGGAAGCCUGCGUCGUCGAGUUCCGACUCGGAUUCGAGUGAUGAGGGUAAUGCUGGAUCAGCGAAGAAGCCUGUUGGUGUAGUUGUUAGUGGUGUUAAGACAGGGAUGGGAGUUGUCCCACAAGGUGCUGCUCAGUCUGUGCAGAAGAAGAAAGUUGCGGCCGCUCCGUCGAGCUCGGACUCUGAUUCUAGUGAUGACGAGCAGCCGGCGAGUAAGAAGCCUGCGUUGGUGAAGGCGUCUCCAUCUGUGGGCAAGGCUGUUAGUGGUGUAGUUGCUGGUGGUAAGAAGGUGGUCGGGAAGCCUGGGUCGUCGAGUUCCGACUCGGAUUCGAGUGAUGAGGGUAAUGCUGGAUCAGCGAAGAAGCCUGUUGGUGUAGUUGUUAGUGGUGUUAAGACAGGGAUGGGAGUUGUCCCACAAGGUGCUGCUCAGUCUGUGCAGAAGAAGAAAGUUGCGGCCGCUCCGUCGAGCUCGGACUCUGAUUCUAGUGAUGACGAGCAGCCGGCGAGUAAGAAGCCUGCGUUGGUGAAGGCGUCUCCAUCUGUGGGCAAGGCUGUUAGUGGUGUAGUUGCUGGUGGUAAGAAGGUGGUCGGGAAGCCUGCGUCGUCGAGUUCCGACUCGGAUUCGAGUGAUGAGGGUAAUGCUGGAUCAGCGAAGAAGCCUGUUGGUGUAGUUGUUAGUGGUGUUAAGACAGGGAUGGGAGUUGUCCCACAAGGUGCUGCUCAGUCUGUGCAGAAGAAGAAAGUUGCGGCCGCUCCGUCGAGCUCGGACUCUGAUUCUAGUGAUGACGAGCAGCCGGCGAGUAAGAAGCCUGCGUUGGUGAAGGCGUCUCCAUCUGUGGGCAAGGCUGUUAGUGGUGUAGUUGCUGGUGGUAAGAAGGUGGUCGGGAAGCCUGCGUCGUCGAGUUCCGACUCGGAUUCGAGUGAUGAGGGUAAUGCUGGAUCAGCGAAGAAGCCUGUUGGUGUAGUUGUUAGUGGUGUUAAGGCAGGGAUGGGAGUUGUCCCACAAGGUGCUGCUCAGUCUGUGCAGAAGAAGAAAGUUGCGGCCGCUCCGUCGAGCUCGGACUCUGAUUCUAGUGAUGACGAGCAGCCGGCGAGUAAGAAGCCUGCGUUGGUGAAGGCGUCUCCAUCUGUGGGCAAGGCUGUUAGUGGUGUAGUUGCUGGUGGUAAGAAGGUGGUCGGGAAGCCUGCGUCGUCGAGUUCCGACUCGGAUUCGAGUGAUGAGGGUAAUGCUGGAUCAGCGAAGAAGCCUGUUGGUGUAGUUGUUAGUGGUGUUAAGACAGGGAUGGGAGUUGUCCCACAAGGUGCUGCUCAGUCUGUGCAGAAGAAGAAAGUUGCGGCCGCUCCGUCGAGCUCGGACUCUGAUUCUAGUGAUGACGAGCAGCCGGCGAGUAAGAAGCCUGCGUUGGUGAAGGCGUCUCCAUCUGUGGGCAAGGCUGUUAGUGGUGUAGUUGCUGGUGGUAAGAAGGUGGUCGGGAAGCCUGGGUCGUCGAGUUCCGACUCGGAUUCGAGUGAUGAGGGUAAUGCUGGAUCAGCGAAGAAGCCUGUUGGUGUAGUUGUUAGUGGUGUUAAGACAGGGAUGGGAGUUGUCCCACAAGGUGCUGCUCAGUCUGUGCAGAAGAAGAAAGUUGCGGCCGCUCCGUCGAGCUCGGACUCUGAUUCUAGUGAUGACGAGCAGCCGGCGAGUAAGAAGCCUGCGUUGGUGAAGGCGUCUCCAUCUGUGGGCAAGGCUGUUAGUGGUGUAGUUGCUGGUGGUAAGAAGGUGGUCGGGAAGCCUGCGUCGUCGAGUUCCGACUCGGAUUCGAGUGAUGAGGGUAAUGCUGGAUCAGCGAAGAAGCCUGUUGGUGUAGUUGUUAGUGGUGUUAAGACAGGGAUGGGAGUUGUCCCACAAGGUGCUGCUCAGUCUGUGCAGAAGAAGAAAGUUGCGGCCGCUCCGUCGAGCUCGGACUCUGAUUCUAGUGAUGACGAGCAGCCGGCGAGUAAGAAGCCUGCGUUGGUGAAGGCGUCUCCAUCUGUGGGCAAGGCUGUUAGUGGUGUAGUUGCUGGUGGUAAGAAGGUGGUCGGGAAGCCUGCGUCGUCGAGUUCCGACUCGGAUUCGAGUGAUGAGGGUAAUGCUGGAUCAGCGAAGAAGCCUGUUGGUGUAGUUGUUAGUGGUGUUAAGACAGGGAUGGGAGUUGUCCCACAAGGUGCUGCUCAGUCUGUGCAGAAGAAGAAAGUUGCGGCCGCUCCGUCGAGCUCGGACUCUGAUUCUAGUGAUGACGAGCAGCCGGCGAGUAAGAAGCCUGCGUUGGUGAAGGCGUCUCCAUCUGUGGGCAAGGCUGUUAGUGGUGUAGUUGCUGGUGGUAAGAAGGUGGUCGGGAAGCCUGCGUCGUCGAGUUCCGACUCGGAUUCGAGUGAUGAGGGUAAUGCUGGAUCAGCGAAGAAGCCUGUUAGUGUAGUUGUUAGUGGUGUUAAGACAGGGAUGGGAGUUGUCCCACAAGGUGCUGCUCAGUCUGUGCAGAAGAAGAAAGUUGCGGCCGCUCCGUCGAGCUCGGACUCUGAUUCUAGUGAUGACGAGCAGCCGGCGAGUAAGAAGCCUGCGUUGGUGAAGGCGUCUCCAUCUGUGGGCAAGGCUGUUAGUGGUGUAGUUGCUGGUGGUAAGAAGGUGGUCGGGAAGCCUGGGUCGUCGAGUUCCGACUCGGAUUCGAGUGAUGAGGGUAAUGCUGGAUCAGCGAAGAAGCCUGUUGGUGUAGUUGUUAGUGGUGUUAAGACAGGGAUGGGAGUUGUCCCACAAGGUGCUGCUCAGUCUGUGCAGAAGAAGAAAGUUGCGGCCGCUCCGUCGAGCUCGGACUCUGAUUCUAGUGAUGACGAGCAGCCGGCGAGUAAGAAGCCUGCGUUGGUGAAGGCGUCUCCAUCUGCGGGUAAGGCUGUUUGUCGUGUGGUUAAUGGUCAUGAUAAUUUUGUGGAGAAAUCGAAUUUUGGUGUUGGUGAUGGUCCUGUGCGUCGUGAUUUGUUGGAUCAUUCGUGCAGUCGUAAACGCCGUUUCUCGUUUGUUGAUUCCGGUGAUUUUAAGAAAAGGAGUUCGGUUAGUUCUUCUACUGAUAAUCUUGUAUCGGUUACUAAAACGUCUUUCACUGAUUCUAACACUCCUUUUCGUCGCGUUGAGGAGAAGGAUGUAUUUGUCCAUCCCAAUCUGCGGGACAAUUCGUUCGAGGCGAAGCGGAAUGCACGUGGAUCGUGGGGUGAAAAAGCGAAUCGCGAUUUCAAGUUUACCAGUGGAAAAGCGUUCAAACAAGAGAAAACUAAAAAGAAGAGAGGUUCUUAUAGCGGCGGUUCACUUUCCUUAGAUUCUUGUUCCUUUAAGUUUAAUGAAUAAACAGGUCUUUACUCCUGAUUUUCUGUAAAUAUUUUUCCACUUACAUGCAUUUUGUAAAUAGGAAGAUAGUUAAAAUAUUUUCUAAUGCUUUGCGAUAACUUUGACGUACUGUUUGUUUAAAAAAAAGAUUUUGUUGCAAUUUUUUUGAAAUAUCGUCAUUUCAAAUGUUAUCGUUCAGUAAAUCGUGGCUAUUGC